GACGACUUGUCCUCUCGUUCACUCCAGCGAGAAUGCCGCAAAGCAAAGCUCAAUGCAAGAGGCAACGCCGGGGCCCUUUGGAAACGACUCUUGGAACAUGCCACACACGAGCAAGAAACACAUGCCAAAUGAAAGAAGAAAUGCCCGGCGGCAGACUUGAUGUACCCCAUCAGCUGGGAGUUGCCCGUGGAUCCCGUCACUGCUGAGGAUGGAAGAGUUUAUGAGCGUGAAUGCAUUAAACACAUAUGGAGAACCAUCCCAGGGAUCUCAAGUCGCCCAUGACAAACCAAAGGAUAGGUCGAAAGCUGUUGCCAGCUGUCCAGCACCGCAACACCAUUGAGGCAUUGGUGGAGACUGGUGUCAUUGAGGAAGAUCUGGCUGCCAAGUGGAAGGCAAAGAUGAAGGAGCAGAAGGACAUGGAAGAGUUGUUGAACAAGGCAGAAGAGGGAGAUGGAGUUGCCAUGUUCAACGUAGGAAUCAAGUAUGCACAUGGUCUGCAUGGUUUCAAGGAAGAUGGCAAGUUGGCCUUUCAAUGGUUCAAGAGAGCCCACGAAGCUGGCAAUGUGUACGGAACGGCAUGCCUGGGGGAGUGCUAUUUGGAGGGUUGUGGUGUGGCAAGGUCCAACAGAGGGAUGGCGUUCAUAGGCAUUGCAGCAGGCCAAGGAUCUGAUUUGGCAUCAUACUAUUUGGGAAUGGCCUUUGCCACUGGCAAGUACGGUAUGCAUGUCGACAAAGCAAAUGCCAUUCGUUGGUUGGAGAAGGCGGCUCAUCAGGGCUGUCCUUACAAGCAUUUGAACGAUGAUUGCAAGAUUGAAGCUCAGCAGAAGUUGGAUCAGCUCAGAGCCCAUAGUCUUUAGCUGUGGGUGCAAUCACUCUGCCAACCUUGUCCGCAAGCCAUGGUAUUAUUUGGAUGGAGACGAGUCGGGUUCUGUGGCCCCUUUAGUAGUAGACUCAGUAAGCUGCCAAGAAUAGACCUGUCUAUCUAUAACAUAGGG